AUGGGAGCCACUGAUGUUUUACCGUAUCCACGACGACGUUCUUCAGUACAGAUCAAUGCGACUAUGAACAAUACCUUUAAUUACAGUACACCUGAGCCGAAAACGCCUACAGUGUUGUCUCCAUUACGAGUGCUGCCACGUGACAUAUUCAACAAUGAACCGACGCGCUCAAAAUCGAUCGAGUGCCUGUUCCGAGUGCGCUCGCAUUCGCUACAUCGUAGUGAUCGAACAAAUCCUGAAGAAUCACGACGUCCAUCAAUUCGGAACGAACGUCCACAUGAAGCGCGACGACGACCACGUCUUGCAUCUGAUCAAAGCGAGAACGCAGCACAGUAUAUCGAACGACUUCGACGAGAACUAAUCGUACAGAUUCGUCAACCACACGAAUGCAAUUAUGUAUUCUGA